CGAGAGGCCGUUACGAUGAUGGCUCAAUUCACCAAGAGGCAAUGGUUGACGCUGAUGGUCAUCAGCCUCGCCGAUUUCUCCAACGCGAUCUGCGUGUCGCUUCAGGCGCCGUUCUACCCUCAGGAGGCUGAGAAGAAAGGAGCAUCACCCUCGGAGUAUGGACUGGUCUUUGGAAUUUUCGAGCUGAUCGUGUUUAUCAUCAGCCCCGUUUAUGGACAAUACUUACACCGAAUCGGACCGAAGCUGUUGUUCAACGGCGGCAUCCUGACGUCAGGGACCUGCGCCAUUUUUUUCGGUCUGCUGGACAAGGUGAACGGCCAUUAUCCCUUCAUAGUCCUUUCGUUCGUGAUUAGGAUCGUGGAGGCGAUGGGAAACGCGGCAUUUCUCACCGCCAGCUUCGCCAUUAUCGCGAAAGAAUUCCCGGAUAACGUGGCCACCACUUUCGCCAGCUUGGAGACAUUUUUCGGCCUGGGCCUGAUUGUUGGGCCCACCCUGGGCGGCGCGCUUUAUCAGGUCGGUGGAUACGUGACGCCAUUCGUUGUGCUAGGAUCAGCUCUAUUCACGACCGCAGUUAUGACAAUCUUCAUCCUACCAGUUCAUACCAACAACAAUCAAACAGCUCACAGUAAAGGAGGUGUGACGAAAGUUCUGAAAAUUCCAGGCGUCCUGAUCUCCACGUCGUCUAUAAUCGCGACUAGCAUGAGCAUAGGAUUUUUGCAAGCCACUCUAGAACCACAUUUGAGGCAAUUCAACCUGAGCCCCGUCGUCCUGGGUUUAAUGUUCGUCAUUAACGGUGCUGUUUACGCCACUGCAGCCCCUGCUUGGGGCUGGCUCUGCGACAAGCAUUUCCAUCCAAAAGUGGCCACUGUAAUAGGUUGCAUACUCUUAGUCGUAGGAUUCUCUUUAGUUGGUCCAGCGCCAUUUAUACCCUGUUCGACUUCGCUGUGGUUGACUAUCUGUGGUCUGGUAGUUCAUGGCCUAGGUAUUUCUGCACAACUGGUUGCCAGUUUCACGGAUGCCUUGAGGACAUCGAUACAAUACGGGUUCCCAAAUAAUCUGGAGACGUAUGGUCUAAUCAGUGGACUGUGGACCAGUACGUUUGCUCUUGGAGCCUUCAUUGGACCCAGUGUGGCAGGAAUUUUAAUGGACAAUAUUGGGUUCAGAAAUGCUACAGUGUUCAUUGACAUACUUCACGUGCUAGUGGGUGUGAUGGCAGCGGUGUACCUGAGCACAUGCACUCGAAGCCACAAGCCGUACACGGAGAUCGGCGCGACGGAGGAUCUGAGGACGCCUCUGACGGAUAGCCUGCACUCGCGAAGCGGAAGCUUUCGACAAUCUCGCGGUCAGGGCGUGCCGAUCGACAGGCCCAGCGGCAUGAAUUCCCUGAUCGUCUGCAACAGUUACUCGAACAGGGCUGGCGCGUGGUCCCGGGCGUCCUACAGCGGUCGUUAUUCACACAGCUACGGCUCCAUCGAGGCGAAAGGGUACCUGGAGAUGACCACGUGA